UAGAGUCAGUUUCAGCAUUUGCUCACCAAAAACAGCUUGAAAAAUCACUAUUCAACAAAAUUUAGUUUGGAGUGCUAAAUUGUUAAAGAGAAUUUUUGUUUAUAAUAGAAUUGUGAUUACAAUUAUAGUGAGGACACAGAAAGCGGGCCAUGCUGAACAACUUUGACCAAUCAGAUUUGGCUUGAACACCGUAAACAUUUUGAAAAAUAAGUUCCAGCCAAUCAGGUUACGGUGUUCCCACGCUCAAUCGACAGACCAAAAUGGUCGACUACACGUACAAGGUCAAAUAUACAACGUCCGGCGUUUCUCAUUGGCUGAACUCUUUUUCUCUUUUUUUUUUUUCAAAAUAUUUACGGUGUUCAAGCCGAUUCUGAUUGGUCAUAGUGGCGGAUGGCGUGGCGGAUUUAGGGGACCCAAUUAUUGCUACUCCCCUCCUCUCCCACCAAUUAAUUAUCCCCCCCCCCCCAGACACUGAAAUUUUAAAAGCAGAUGAAAGCAAAAUUCCUCAAAUUUUUAUCCAGUUAUUUGUUGUUGAUAUGUUUAUUUAUUUUUUUAUUCAUUCAUUUUAUUUAUUUAUUUAUUGGUGCCUUCCCUUAGGGCUGCUUCAAUAAACCCUUGAUUCCUGUUGCCAAAAGUCUGACUAUACGCCCGCUGUAUGCUGAAAUGAGAUGACGAUAUAUAUGAUACAUAUGCUUCAAAAAAGGUCGCACAUGGAAAAUGUCUUUUUGGUCCAGAAGAUCCAAACAGAAAAUGCUCCAUCUGGUAUUGCUUGAAUUGAUACAGUAAUAGGAAGAAAGCUUGGACGUAUUUUGUAAGUUCUGCUGAAAAGUUAGUAAGAAUUCGCGCACAUAAUGAUCAUAGUCACCUGGCUCGUCGGGGAUUUUCGUAACUUGCAAUUACGUAAUAGAAGAAAAAUCGUAAAAGCAAUAAUACAAGGAAAUCUGAAUAUUCAUUGCGAAGGGUAGCGAUGGGGGCCACGAAAUUUCGAAAGCCUCGCAAAAAUUUCGCAAAGACUCGUUUUUUUUUUCCAAAAUAAAGGGCUCUCGGAGCCUUAUUUUUUUACCACGGGUUUUUAACGCGAUCUCACGGUCCCAAAUUUUCGUUAAACGCGAUGUUCUGUUUUAUGUUGUUACCAUGUUACGGGUUUCCCAUUAUUUUUCGUAGUGUAGCAAGAAUGUAUUGUAUAAACUCUACUUAUUCUUUUGUCAAAUGAUGUUUUAACAUACCUCGAGCAAGUUAUCUAAAACGAGCUCGAAAAAAAUUAAAGCUUGGACACGGAUUUCGAAUUUUCGCAAAAGUCUCGGGCUCGGAUACCAAAUAGAUAGCAGUGUUUGGGAAAAGAUGUUUGUUUCCAUCAAUGAGCUAGAUCAGUUAAAAGGUAUCCUAUUGUGACAGCUACAUAAUACACUAUAAUGCUGGCCCCCUUGGCCACUCCCCUGUACUCAUAUUGUUAUCAUAUUUUUCACAAAGGUGAAUGCUUUUUUUUCUAUCAGUUAAAAUAAUUAUAAUACAAAGUAUAGUAGUAGGGCCCUAGGUUAGGAAAGUAUAUUUAUGGUAUUGUAUUGUACACAAACAUAAAACAUGAUUAUAUUUCAUUCCAGAUCAUUCAUUGAUAUGAUAACACAAUUCCAAUCUUCACUAUAUGAAUAUUAUGAAACCAAUGAAGGCCCUCCCUUGUACUCCCCUGCGUUGAUGCGAGACUUUGUGGAAGAACAUGCAUGUGGAUUGUAUAAAAUUAUUCUAAACUUAAUUAUAAAAGAUACCACUUCAAAAGAAAGGAAGCAACUACAAGAGCAAAGGACUGUUGCCAUUCUUCACAUCCUAGCAUACUUCAGAUCACAGAAGACCUCUCAAUUUAAUAAGGAUGCUGGUGCAUUUCUUCACCACCAUGGAGCAUCAAGGUCUGCAAUCAACACUAGACCAGUGCUAGGAUACAGUGUGGCACCAAGGACACUCGACAGGCAAAAAGAAACAAAAAAAAGGAACUACCCAAAUCAGCUGCAGGAACAUCUAAAAUAUGCAGUUGAUGAGAAGGGCUUCAUAAUGCUGUUUAUAGAUGACUUUCACAAUAUUCACACUGUGCGACUGCCAGGGAGUGAUAUGAAACUAUCAGUGGCUACCCAUAUGACCUCUUCACUGUUAGAUAUCCACCCUUCUAUCAAAGCCCCAAAGAUGCCUAGAAGUAUUGAUGCUGUUCAUUGUUCUCCAUAUGUUUCAAUGAAUGGAAUCAUGCAAAAAUGUGUUGGGGGGAUCUCAGUUGGAAAUCUCCUAACCAUUGCUGAAAAGAUGAAGGAGUGGCAAACUUCCUUCUUCAGCUCAGUUCCAGGUUAUAGAAAGCUAAAUGGAGAGUCAGUGCAGAGUCAACUCCAUGAAUUUCGUGUUUACCAUGACUUAGCACAUGAAGAACUAUGCAAGCUAAACAGUUGUCAACUAGUCGAUGAAUUCGAACAUCCAUUAAAGUCCAUGGAAAACUAUAGGUUUGCACUUGACCACACAAUUAGCAGUGCUGGACAACCAUUAUUAAACUGCACCAAGGAAUAUGCACUUCCCUGCCCUGGAGAUUGGCCUAGCUGGUUUUACUUCAAGAAACUUGUUGCUCAGCAAAGUAACAGCUAUGCAUCAAGACAUUUGAUACCACAGUAGAUAACAAGGCCUUACCUCUUUCCUACAAAUUUAGUAAUGAAUAUCCUGAAAGCCUCCCAAAUCCAAAUAAACCCUUUGAUUACAAGACAUGUCAGAUACAAGAUGAUGAAGUUGUUAGACUCCCAUGCUCCCAUGCCUACCAUAAAUCUUGUUUAGUCCAAUCUGGUAACAAGUGUUCCCACUGCUUCAAGCCACUCAGUGGCUUUUCAAAACUAGCAACUGCUUUCAAUACUACUCUCAUAACUCCCACAAACUCCUCUCCAUCCAGGAAUACUGCUGAGCUUAAUGCAAAUGAAAAUAAUAUGAUGAAAUUCCUGUAGUAAGCACAAAGGAUCCUGACUUUUAUGACUCAGAACAAUGGGCAAACUAUGUUGACAGCAUCUUAGAAGGAAUAGCUGUCCCCCAACCUUCUCAGACACCACAAUCUACAACCCCCAACCAAACUUCUGCAUCAACAAUACAACAAAGUCACUCAAACCAGCAGCAUGCAGCUACUUCAGCAAUUAAUAGAACAUUCAAAAUUACAACAUUGAAUGUCUCUGGUUGUAAAAUUUGGCUGUUUGAGAACAGUAUCUCCCAAUCUACCCUAAAUGGGCGAAACGGAUCAAAUGCCUGCACUUUUAUUGCUAUUAUUAUAGCCAAAACAGUCAUUUCUAAUUUAGGAACACUUGCAUUUCCAAUUUCCCAGUUGUCACCAGUUUGGGUUCCCUGCUAGCAGAGGCCUUUUUUCUCUGUACUUCGCUUGGCUGGCGUUCGCAUGGAAAAGAUACCUCUGCCAUGGGUCGCAAGUUCGUUUGAUCAAACCGCCGUCCUCGAUCGUAGACGGGAGAUCCAGAGCGCAUGCUCCGUUCAUUAAUUACUGGCCAGUAUUUGAGCCAACAAUGGCUAGCGCAUGCGUGAAGCGUAUAUCCGCUGUGGGAUAAUAAGCCCGCAUUUGAAACCGCGUCCUCCGUAGAAAUAUCACGCGACGAAUUAUAAAAGAAGCCAUUCAAUGCCUUGUCUUCAUUCAGAAUUUUCUCUCGUUUGACUAACGAGUCAAUCUACCGUUUACAGCUUUUGUAUAUUCUUCUAGAAUUAGCUGAUCUAUGUUAACCAAAAAGUUUUGUAACAUUUUCUUCGAGUCCAACUGUGCGAUAUUUACAUUGAAGAAAAUCGCCUGCCUAGAUGUCUUGGAAUUUAUCCCACAAACAAGACAGAACUCGUAUUUGCUGUGUUUGCUGUUCGAUUUAUUUAGUGACGUUUUAGGUGAUUUAAAUUGAACAGUUGUUUGUUUGUUUUUUUGAAGAGGAGAACUAACCGGAGUUUGAUUCAUAAUUUGCGACAAAAAUUAGCAUAUUGACGGCUUUCCCGUGAUGGUACGGGUUUUGGCACGUCAUGCGGUCCUUAGAAACGCUCACGCAUGCGCAACGAAAACAGUUUCGACCCAUGGCAGAGGUCUCUUUCCCUUGCGAAUGCCAGCCCAGCGAAAUACAAAGAAAAGAGGCCUCUGCUAGCAGGGAACAGUUUGGGGAGUGAUUAUGUGUAAUUGCAUUUCUCAUGGAAAUAGAGUUCACCAACAAGUCACAGGAGGCCGGGCUAUUAAUUUCAGUGUUCAAGAUGCUGCUGUGCAUCUAUCUUCAAUUGGCACAAUCAAGGUAGAAGACUCCUUUGAUGUAGACUUUGUGUGUCAGAAUCUACAAGUCCCGCAGUCAUCACUUAGGUUCUACCUCCAGCGUCUAGUGAGAGAACCCAAUAUCUCUGCAAUCCUAAUAAUCAAUGGCUUAUCUGUAUGUUUCCUUGGAAGAGGGAAUGAAGUGCUUCUCCUUGAUAGCCAUUUGCAUGGAACUUUUGGUGCCCUUGUUGGUAAAGCUGCACUGCAAGAUAUUGAGCAAUAUUUAACUAUAUGUAAGCAGUGGUUAAGUCCUAAUGUAAUUAUGUGUACUGUUACUUUUAAAAAUUUUGUUUAGAAUUACAGUACUUUAUUUGCUAUUGCUGUCAGCAACAUGCUAGUAAACACCCGACUAAGUUUUUGACAAAUUUCUAUCAGGUUUUAGACAGUCUGUUACACAAGUUGAGUAAAUUUCAUAUGUAAAGGGUGUCAAAAACACAACAGAAUCUUGUCAAAAACUUAGAUGAGUGUUCAUGGUAGCACAUGUCUAAAUUAAUAUUACAAUGAAUUUUGAGUACUUUACAGCGAUGAGAAUUUGUAUAAAUAACAGCAGAAGAUAUUUGACUGAUAUGAAAUAGUGGACUUCAUUCGGGAUAAUUCAGAGCUGCAUUUACAAAUUUACUCACAUAACCGUGACGCAGCCCCUUUGAGAAAAAUAUUAGGAAAGUACUUCUAAGGCGAUGUUAGAAAGAAAAUUCGAGACGGGAUUAAGAAUUAAUUGGGCCUCAUUAUUUUGUGUUUUGAAAGCAAAAAGUUACAGGUUUCAUACAAGCCAUCUGCUAAUGAAUAAGUCUCAUAUCCAUAAAAUUAGGGAAAGAGGGAAGGAUAAAACAGAUAAGUAAGUAAGUGAUUUAAAAAAAAAAAAAAAAAAAAAAAAAACAGAAAAUUGAGUUGUGCUUACCUCCGCUUCGUUUCGCAUCCCUUAUAAAAGUCGCUGAAGCAUAGAUCGGUAAAAAAAAAUGAUCAGGGACGAAAGGGACCUUCUCUCUUUCUUUAGAUUAUAAACAUUACUCAAUGGCAAGAAAUUAAAGUGCACUUUUCUU